AUGGACUCCACCGCACUUGCGUACAAUCUGAAAGCGGGCUGCAUGGUGCCCGAAAAAGGCACACUUGUCCUGGUAGCGCCACUCCUCAGCACGGAAGCCAUGCAGCUGUUCGCGCAAUGCGGCUCCAUCGGGAUCGUGUACGGCACCCACCCAGCGCUCCGGUCAUCAAAUUUUGUAAACACCCCGAGGCCGGUCAAGAUCGACAUGGGCGGGCUCAGCGACAGCGUCCCGACCUUGGAUUACCGUCGCAAGUCGCGUAACAUGCUGGACCACCUGCUGGACUGGCACACUGUUGCGUUGCUUAAGUAA